CAGGAUGAGCGAGUGCGGUGCGUGCGGCCGUCGCUGGGUGGAGCCGCGCCUCCUGCCGUGCCUUCACACGGUGUGCACGCCCUGCCUACACACCAGAGCCGCCCUCAUCGCGCCCACCGCCGCCGCCACCGCCACCACGCGGACCGCCUCCUCCUGCAAUAGGUCUGGUCAGGGCGCACCCGCAUCCGCCUCGGGAUCGCUUGACUCCGGGAGCGGCAGGGCGUCGCAGGAGCGGGCGCCGGCCGGCUGUUCGUCCGCCGCCUCGAGCGCCACCACCAACGGCCCCGCGGUGGCCUCGGCGCCGACGGCGUCUCCCACUCUCGUCUCCAGCAUGUCCGCGUCGCCUUUGUACUCCAGCAAGCCCACCAAGCUCACCCUCACCAGCACCAUCACCUACAAUGGCGGAAACCUCAGCAGGCACUGGGACGGGGAGAGCAGCAGUGCCCACCUCUCCCUCACCAGCGGAAGCGGGGACAGCAGGGAGGAGGGGGUCGCCUCCAGCAGCAGUGCCGGGGCGAGUCCGCACUCCACCCACGUGCUCAAUGG